AUGAACGAAGUGCGAAGUGUUAAAAGGGAAGGCCAACGGAAGUGUGUGGGACCUGUCGCGUCGUACCCAGAGCACGACAAGCACGACAAGCGUGACAAGCGCGAGAAAGGCGAUGAAGGAGGGAGACUCAAAAGAGAAAAAAUAAAAAACAUUUGCAAAAAGAUAAACCGCCUCAAAAGAACAGUGUGUAGCUCCACUGACUACUUUAAGUGUGUUGAAAUUUUAUUUCAAAGGGCGGGAUCGAAAUGUGUUGUCCCGAAGAGGAGGAAGAAGCCUGUCAAGCGUGGGGAAGGACCUAUUUCUGCCCCCCCAGAGAGGGGCAUAUUUUUUAGGGGCAAAAUUAACCACCUCGAGUUCUUUGACACCCCGAAGUUGUGCGCCUUUUUUGAGAAGCACGCGGCGGAGGUGGUCCAGGGGGCGGCCCACGCGGAAGGUCACGCGGAAGGUCACGCGGAAGGAUACGUAGAAGGUCACGCGGAAGGUCACGCAGAAGAUCACGCGGAAGGACACGCAGAAGGACACGCAGAAGACCACAUUGCAACCCACAAAGAUACAUCAACCAAUGGCGACGAAUUUGCUUGCCGCUUAAGAGAAGAACCCCUACCGCUAGAGAAGAACCGAUUACCAAGCGGAGGGGGAGUGCCUUUCCAAGCGUUCCGACUCAGCGGGAAAGAUGCAAAUUGCUGUAACCACGAGUGGGACGAGGUCUUAAGUAAUGGGAGCAACAUGUGGACUGCCAAUUAUGCGCAUGAGACCAAAUGGGUGAAUGCUGAUCAACUUGCCGGACAGGGAUUCACCAACGAGGGAAAGACAAAUGGAGACAACGCCCCACAGGAUAACAAAAGGAAGAACAAGCAAGUGGAUGACUCAGGCGAUUAUUCUAGCUUUAAUAAAAGGAUGAAAUUAGGAGAAUGCGAAAGGGACGCGAACACAAAUAGUGCUUCACCUGAGCAAUUAGAAGUUGGUGUUGCUGAGUUCGCACCAGGGCAGCACGUCGAAUGGGACGAUUCACCGCGGGGCACGCGCAUGAAGUGGGUUGUGCAGGAUAUACCCACUGCGCAAAAGGAGCGUCCUGUGCAAGAUAUUCCCACUGCGAAAAAGGAGCGUCCUGUGCAAGGUAUUCCAACUGCGAAAAAGGAGCGUCCUGUGCAAGGUACUCCCACUGCUUACAUCAGUCGAAUGCCCCCCAAUGCGAGCCUCCAACAGAGAAGCACAAUUAAAGAAGAACGACCCGCCAGAAAAAAAAUUCUAAUGCUAAAAAUUUCCAAUAUUGUGUUCAACCAUGGGCAGGGAAAAAAGUGUCAUUUGCGACAUGGGAAAGGUGCAGUGAAGAAAGUGAGCGAACUCAACACAUCGGAAAAUCCUCUCGAGGGAAGAAAAUCAAAACAGAGUGAUAACGGUAAUACUGGCUAUGUGAUGACUCUACCCACUGAUGAAGCACAAUCGGGAUUGUCCAAAUACUUCUUUACAGAUGAGGACAAGUUGGAGGAGGAACUACAGAUCAAGGAAGACAUUAAAUUCGUAUAUAAUUUAUUUUUGAUUUUGGCUGUUCAUAUGAACUCUCUCUUUAGCAUGUGCACCCAACUGCUUCGCUACGAUUUUUCUGACCUGAGUUGCGAGAAGAAGGAGUUGUCUAGUGAGUCGAAGAGACUCAUUAAACUCAUAAGUGAGUAUCAGAAGGAGGAGAGCUUCGCCAUCCGAUUCGCGAAAUGCAUUUUGCGCGUUUGCCGGGGGGACACGCACAUAGGGAAGGGGCCCAACAAGGGUGCUUCAAAACGGGGCUCUGAAAGCGGCUCCCAACCUGCUUCUGAGCGUGCCUCUGAAAGUACCUCUGAACGUGGCUCCCAACCUGCUUCUGAGCGUGGCCCCCAACCCCCCCGCAGAGGAACCAUAGCCCACCUCGGCAUGACGACCCUGAAGAAGAUAAUCAAAACUCUCCUCAAAUGGGAAGGAGAAGACGAGAAAAUACAGAUCGUGUUAACACAAAACAAAGGGGACAACCAACCAAAUAAAUUUAAAAUAGAAAUAAUGAAUCAUCAGAUGGUGAAACAAAACUUCGACGUGAGGAAACUCUACUUUUGCAAGUACAAUGGUGAGCUGUUGACCUAUUUAAAGAGACUCUCCACUAUGCAUUGUCCAUCCAAUUGGGGUUCCACUGAGGGGAAGGAGAAUGACGUACAGGGGAUUUACAUAGGAAUGGACGAAGUGGAGGGGGGGGCAGCAAAUGAAGGAGCUCUAAACCGUGUGAGUCUGUACGAGAGAACACAAAAGGGGAAAAAAACGCACAGCUAA